AUGCAUGGAGAGUUCAAAGUUUGGUGAAUGUUGGACAUAGUGUUUGUUGUGUUACUCAUAAACUCAGUACACUCACCAAAGGCGGGAUUGUGACUUUGACUUUGUCGGUCGAGUUGUCUGAAAUGGCUACAAACGGCGCAGCCAAGCCCAAGGAUCCUCCUGAGGUUAUAGUAGACGUUGCGAAAAAACGAGAGUUCACCCGUGGACGCUUUUUAGGAAAGGGAGGAUUCGCAAAAUGCUACGAACUCAUUGAUAAAAAAACUGGCGAGAAAUACGCCGGUAAAGUUAUUAACAAGUCAGCCUUAGUCAAAGAAUCCCAAAAGGAAAAAAUGCGCCAAGAAAUUAGUAUUCAUCGUUCUCUAAAACACGAAAAUGUUGUGAGGUUCUAUGGGAAUUUCGAGGAUAGUGAAUUCAUCUACAUAUUGCUUGAAAUUUGUAACCGCAGGUCGCUUUUAGAAUUACACAAACGAAGGAAGUACGUCACCGAACCAGAGGCUAGGUACUUUAUGAAACAAAUUGUCCAUGGCUGUCAAUACCUUCAUGAAAAUAAGGUCAUGCACAGAGACCUUAAGCUGGCCAACCUUUUCCUUGAUGACAACUUAAAAGUCAAGAUAGGCGAUUUUGGACUUGCUUCAAGGAUCAGUCAUGAGGGUGAAAAGAAGAAAACGCUAUGUGGUACUCCCAACUAUAUUGCUCCUGAAAUUCUGAGUAAAGGAGGACACAGCUUCGAAGUGGACUCGUGGUCUCUCGGUUGUAUACUUUAUACUCUGCUAGUUGGAAGUCCUCCGUUUGAAACUACCAAACUGGAGGAAACGUAUGCACGCAUCAAACAAAAUGAGUACCGCAUUCCGAUUCGUGUUUCAACAAAUGCUUCAAUGCUCAUUCGCUCACUUUUGCAUGCUAAUCCAGAAAGAAGACCUAACAUGUUCAAUGUACUCGACCAUGACUUCUUCAAAGAUUUUACACCUAGUGGCCUUCCUGUUAGCUGUCUUUCAACAUGCCCAAGAUUUGAUACCAUGCAGCGAGCACAACCCGGACGUCGCCCGUUGUCGGACAUCAACCCAGUUGAGGAUGUUCCUAUUACUAGUGGUGGUGGUGCCCUUGGUAAUGCCGGGGGUGCUACAGUUGAUAAAGCCGUUCAGCCGGACGACUGCUGGCUUGGGAAACUUUAUGAAAAACUGACUGCUUUGUUAGAUAAACCCAAAGAGUUCGAAGAUUCUUCACCAAAAGCAAUGGAAGAAAGCGAAUCUCCAGCAGCCUGUCCAAUUUACUGGGUCAGCAAGUGGGUAGAUUAUUCAGAUAAAUAUGGUUUGGGAUAUCAGUUGUGUGAUAACUCAUAUGGUGUCGUAUUCAAUGAUGUGACAAGACUUCUUUUAACAACCAAUGAACAGAAUCUCCAAUACAUUGACGAACAUGGGACUGAGCGUUUGUUUACUCUAUCAAACCAUCCUGAGUAUCUGUCGAAAAAGGUCACACUCCUCACAUGCUUCAAGGCAUAUAUGCACCAGAAUCUCCUUAAGGCCGGUGAGAAUAUUACGCGACCGGACACUGAUGCCAUGACUCGCCUACCGUUUCUUCAUCGAUGGUUCAGAACACGCUCAGCUAUUGUACUACAUUUAAGCAAUGGAACUCUGCAAAUAAACUUCUUUGAUGAUCAUGCAAAAAUAAUUUUAUGUCCUUUGAUGCGUGCUGUAACUUAUAUUAACGCCAACAGGGACUUCAGAACAUACCGCUUCAAACAUCUACGGGGAUUCGGUUUAAGUAAGGACUUAGCGGAAAGAUUACGAUACGCAGUAAAUAUGAUAGAACGUCUCAACCCAUCUUUAAAAAAGCCCGAAAAAACGUCCUCGAAUUCAAAUGAUCCCAAUACAAAAAUGGCUCCCCUCGGAGUUGUAGAUGAUGGAAAGUUCAACAAACCAGUUCCAGCUGAUGUACAAAAAACGAGCGCGAUUGGAACUGGAGCAGCAAUCAAAAGGAUAAUGCGACCGACUAAUCAGUAGUUUCUGUCUUAUUUCCUAUCCGCUUUUAUUCUUCAAAAUGAACUCGCAAUGCCCUUGUCAUUUAUACUUGGUAUGACCUCUUUUAAAUCUAAUCUGGUUUAAUUUUGUCGAAAUUUUCUGAUAGAGGUUUUGUUCACUUUGAUUGCACUUAUAAUUUCAUCCACAGUUACCCACAAUACUAUGGAAUUGUUAAUUCACACUGACUUGUUAGCACAUAAAAAUGAUGCAAAUAUCUCUAGUUUUCUUCAUCUUUCUGUAAUUUACAUGUAGAUCUGUGAAAUUCGUUGUAAAGCAUUGUAUUGUAAAGCAUUUCCUGAUGAAUGAAUCCGCUUAUUCAUCUUUUUCGAUUUUGGAAUUUGUCGAAUAUGGAUUAUGAGAAAAGUUUAUGCUCAUUUUCACCUUUCAAAUAUUUAUUAUUUAAUAAUAUUUUUAGCAAAUGACUAAUUUCGUUUAGCACGGACAAUUUGAUAGUUGGCUUCUAACCACCUGUUAUAUAAAUUUGCAGAUAAUACCAUAUCAAGCUUCUUAUUGAAGGCUCCCACAACUAAGUUAUUGCAAAUCGGAACGUUGUACGCUCUGCUGACAAAGUUCUUAUUCUGUUCAACUUACAGCCCUGGUUAAGUAUUAUGAUGCUCCAGUUUAUUUGAGUGUAAAUUUUGCUGCGUUG